AUGGCAGUUUUACAACAACAUUUGAAAACUUUGAGUGUCUCGUUAGCUGAUGCUAUAUUAACUAUUUCUAUGAAUAGGCCCAAAGUUAAUGCUAUGUCUGCUGAAUUACUCAAUGAUCUUGAACAAGCAUUUGAUCAUGCUUCAAAAAACAAUCAUAUCAAAGGUGUUCAUCUACGUUCUAAUUUUAAUUCAACAUUUUCUGCUGGUCUGGAUCUUUCUUACAUGCAUGAAAAAUGUAGUACACGCGAUCGGUCAACAAUUGAUAAAUUUAUUUUUACUACACUCAGUCGUGGUGUAGCAGCACCACUGCAUUGUUCGAAACCAGUUGCUUGUUCACUUGAUGGUCACGCUAUUGCUGGUGGUAUUAUACUUGCUCUUGCUUGUGAUUAUAUUGCAAUGGGUACACGAAAACCAUUUCGUAUUGGUAUAACAGAAUUAGCUGUUGGUGUUCCAUUUCCUUCAAAGCCUCUUGCAAUUGUACGAAAUCAACUUGAACCACAACUAGCUCAUCGAUUGAUAUUUGAUGCAAAUCAUAUUUCAUCAAAUGAUUUUCCAAUUCGAUGUGAAAGAAGUGAAACACCAGAUGAUUUAGCACGAAAAUGGUUGAAAAUGAUCAGUGAAAGGCCAUUGAAAGGUUUUCAAAUAACAAAACAAAAAUGGUGGUCAGAUGUAAUAGAAUUGGAUUCGAAAGACAAUGAAAAAGAAAAAAAAGAAUAUUUUGAUACUAUUUUUGGUGAAGAUUGUCUACAAGCUAUGAAACAAACUCUUCAAAAGUAA